AUGGCGAAAAGAACAGUCGCCGAAGAAAAUGAACCGUCCCGGAAGAAAUUGAAAACAAAGACUGUCAACGAUGAAAAUUAUGCCGAAGACAAGACCGGUACACACGAGAAGAAGAAAAAGAAAGAUAAGGGCAGUAAGAGUUCGUCCGGAUCUGAUACACCCAGUGCAAAAACUCCUCAGUCGGAAAUAGAUGAUUUCAUGAAAAUCAACACGAUAGAGAUCUCGGAUCCACUGAAUAGGGAAAACCCCCCAGCGCCAAUUCUCUCCUUCGUUCAACUUCCCGAACACGAUCACAUUUUAUACGAACCGCUCAAGACCUUUUCGGCACCGACCUCUGUGCAGUCUGCCACAUGGCCAUUGCUGUUUUCUGGGAGAGAUGUCAUUGGUAUCGCGGAGACAGGCAGUGGAAAAACCCUGGCUUUUGGUCUCCCAUGCCUGAAGAACAUGGUGGAUUCCAAGAAGAAACUCAAGCCUUCUCAUCCAAGGGCGGUGAUUUUGACACCUACCAGAGAGCUUGCCAUGCAGAUUUACGAACAAUUGGAGGGGUAUGCUCCUCGUGUCUCCGUCAGAGUUACAUGCAUUUUCGGAGGAGUCAGAAAAGACGAACAGCGGGAAGCGUUAAAAGACACUGCCAUCGUUGUCGCCACGCCGGGUCGAUUGAAGGAUCUUGAAUCGGAAGGCGCAAUCAAUCUGUCUAAAGUGAAGUACCUUGUCCUUGAUGAAGCAGAUAGGAUGUUAGACAAGGGGUUCGAGCAAGAUAUCAAAGAUAUCGUUGCCCCAAUGCCCGUCUCUAGACGACAGACUGCCAUGUUCACAGCUACAUGGCCCGUCGCUGUUAGAAACCUUGCCAAUAGCUUCACUCAAGAUCCAGUCAUGGUCACCGUUGGCGGGAAACCAUCCGAAGAUCCUCGUGCAAACACUCGCAUCAAACAGGUUGUCGAAGUAUUGGAUGGGAGGGACAAGGAAAACAGACUCACUCAAAUUCUUGCAAAGCUCACGAAGGAAUCUCCUCAAGGCAAGAUCCUGGUCUUCUGUCUAUAUAAGAAAGAAGCUAUGCGCAUUGAACGACUUAUCCAGUCGAGGGGAUAUGCUGUCGCCGGAAUCCACGGUGACCUCAGUCAAAGCGAAAGAUUCAAGAGUCUUGCGUCUUUCAAGUCAGGUGCCGUUACCAUUCUUGUUGCUACAGACGUGGCCGCUAGAGGCCUUGAUAUCCCAGCGGUGAAGACCGUGGUUAACGUCACCUUUCCCUUGACAAUAGAAGAUUACGUGCACCGCAUAGGACGAACUGGUCGAGCUGGAGCCGAUGGCGAUGCUAUAACCCUUUUCACAGAGAACGACAAGGCGCAUUCAGGGGCGUUGAUCAAUGUUUUGAAAGCCGCGAAACAAAAUGUUCCCGAUUCUCUCUUCAAAUUUGGCACCACUGUUAAGAAGAAGCAACACGAUGCCUACGGUGCCUUUUUCAAAGACGUGGACGUGACUAAAUCGGCGACGAAGAUCACAUUUGACGAUUAG